UGUUCCCAUAGAGAUAGGAAAAGGCUGUCCCUGCUAGUCACAUGAUUUUUGCUUGUCGACGGCUCCUUCCGCCAGGCUUUGCGCUACUUGGGGGCCGUAGAGUGUCUCCUUCUCCCCUCUUCCCCGUGUCUCCGCGAGCCCGACUGCGCGCGCGCGCGCCCGCCCGCGGUGGUGUUUCUCAUCAGAAUUCGUGUUGGCCGUACCAUGGAGGUUUUUAUUCCAUCGUUCCGCUAUGAAGAGAGCGAGUUGGAGAGAGGCUAUACGGUCUUUAAGAUAGAGGUACUAACGAAUGGAAGAAAGCACUUCGUUGAAAAGCGAUAUAGUGAAUUUCAUGCUCUCCAUAAAAAGGUCUGAACUGUGGCAAGAACGAGAUCAUGGAGUCAUAGUGGAUAGCUUGAUGAAGAUGUCAACUCAGUGUGCAGCAGCUAGGAAAAAGGCAAAAUCCAUGGUAGGAAUCGUUAGGAAAGGAAGAGAAAAUAAAAAGCUUAAGAAAUUCAUAAAAACUCCAGAAAUCCCUUCAAAGCAUGUGAGGAACUGGGUGCCCAAAGUUCUGGAACAGCGUCGGCAAGGCUUGGAAGCUUAUUUACAGAGUAUUAUUUUAGAAAAUGAAGAGCUUCCCAAACUUUUUCUUGACUUUCUCAGCGUUCGUCAUUUUCCUUCUCUACCAAAAGCAGAAAGUUGUGGUUCUUUUGAAGAAACAGAAUCUGAAGAAUCAAGCAAACUGUCCCACCAGCCUGUGCUGCUGUUCCUAAGGGAUCCAUAUGUCUUGCCUACAGCCAAUGAUGACUUUCCAAAUGUAGUUAUUGAAGGUGUUCUCCAUGGAUUGUUUUAUCCUCACCUGCAGCCCAGGUAGAAAAUGCGUUUGAAUGGAUAGUAACUAAAGUAAAUACAUCAUCUACCUGGAACUACACAUUUUUAGUAAAGCUUAUGAAACAAUCAAAUGUGACCAUGAUUGUGAUAAAGUUUGAUGAUGGAAUAUUUUCUCUUUUUAAAUUAAUUUAGUGUAUCACUAAUAUUGCUGCUUUAAAAAUUAUGGAGAAAACGCUACUCUGUUGAAUCUGUCUACCAAACUCUAAAUGUUUAAACCUUUAAAUAGCUGACAUAUGUUGAAUUACACUAACAACUUGCAUCAUGUAUUUGACUUUUUUAUAAUAAAUGAUUACAUUAAGCCUUUCGUCUCAGUGUAGUAUCCACUGCUGGCAGUGGAUACACAGGACAAUUCUAGCACAUGUGAGACUGAAAAACGAAAAUGUUAAGAAAAUUACUGCCAAAACUGGAAAUGCAAUAUAAGCUUAUUUCAUCAGUAUUUCUCAUGUGAAUAUAUCAUACCUACAUUAUCUUAAGUAAGCAGAGAAAUGCUUACUUGCUUGAAAUUUGACUCAAAAGUAGCUUUAAUUUACUACAGGACCCUGGCCACAAUCCUUGUGCUUCCAGCUCAUACACUAUGCUUAGUUAGUGAACUUCCCCAUGUUAAUUAAUUUGUACAACUCCGUAACAGGAACAAGAAGAAACAUGUUUAGUAAAAAUAAUCAGCUAAUAAAUAUUCAGAGGUCAACUGUGUAAAUGAACCAUAUGCAUAUGUUUUGCAAGAUGUCAGAAUCCAAAAUAAAAUAUUGACGUUAA